AUGUGCAAAGGCUUACACCAGGGGAACACGUCCGGUUCUUGCCUGAAAGACAGAGUCUCGCCGGACGCAAACAGUGUUUCGAGCUCGGUGAACUGCGAACUCUGCGACUCGAGGGCAAUCUUAUAUUGUCAAGCCGACGACGCUUACCUGUGCCGGAAAUGCGACAAGUGGGUUCACCAAGCUAAUUUCUUGGCUCUCAGGCACAUACGGUGUCUCCUAUGCAAUACAUGUCGGAGUCUAACGCACCGAUACCUCAUCGGAGCUUCACGCGAGGUGAUGUUACAGACGACGGGGAUCUUGUUUAGUUUGUCUGAAAUAGUAUCUGUCCAAGAAUCGUGA